AUGAGCCCCAGUCUCACGCCUGCUCCGGGUGACUCAAAAUCCAACGAUCUCUUGAACUUGCUCAAGUUCAACUCCAACCAGCUUGCCUCUGGCAUGAGUCCUUUGGCUUCUCUGCAGAACAUUGCUGCUCAGAACCCAUCUCCUCAGCUCCACNNCCCUGCCCAGCAACAGUCUCGAUCUGUCUCAGCUUCAGAUCUGGUCGCCUCUUUCCAUCAGAAGCCAUCGAGCGCCUCUUCUCUGCGUAUCUCAAUGGCCUCGCCUCAGCCUGAGCAAAAGUCACAGCAGCCUCUGGGUGAUGCUCAGAACUUCCUCCUUGGUCUUCUGAACCGCCCCAAGAACGGUCCCGCCGCCGACAUCUCGUCCCCGGCCAUGCAACCUGCUCAAGCUACUGAGCCUAUCAUCAACGAGCCUGCUCCUUCCGCCGCAGCCGUUGAUCCCCAGGACCCUUCUGUACGUCUGUUUGGCAGCGCCGGAUCCCGCGAGACUACUCCAUUCGAAGGUCCUUCUCAGACAAAGAAGCCGGUCUUCACCUACGUCAACCCCUUCGAGCAGAUGACUGCUUCGUCGCCCAAGCCCGGCCUCAAGACCGAAGGCCCCAAGCACCAACGCGAUGUCUCUCAACCCGAAGACACUGACAACGGUCCUCCCAACGCAAAGAACCGCAAGAUCACAUCUUCGGUUCCCUCACCAUCUCCUUCUCCUCGCCCAGCCCAGCCAUCGACCGAUGCUCAUCAAAGCGUGGCCGAGGCUCUCAGCGGCAUUGGCGAGAAGGUCGACAAGCAAGUUGANAAAGCACUUGCCCAAGCCGACGGUGCCACAUCUGCCUCGAAAGAGAAGACAAAGGCUACCGAGGAGGUCGCGGAUAGUUGGGAGAGCGCUGACGCUGACGAGUCUGGUAAGGACAGCAAGGAUUAUGCUGUGCGCGUUUACAACUUCCCCAUGAGACCUUUCGUCUCUAUCACCAUCAACAAGGACAACCAUGCCACUGCUAUGCGUUCCGACUCGCUCAUGGACAUUGCUCGUCUAAAGAAAGACUUUGAGCAGAUCGACCGCGCGCUCGUCACUGCUUCUCCCAACCACAUUGUCUAUGCCAUGUCUAAGAGCGGCGGUUUCCGUGUAAUCCGCCAGGAUUCUGGCAAGGACAAGCAGGUCUUCCGCUCCACUGCCGAGCGUGUCUUCAACGUUCAGAUCUGCACUGCCAGCGGCACCCACAAGGACAUCGAGACAGUCCUCGCGACCGGAGUUAACGGCUCUGUCUUCUGGACCAGCAUCAACAAGGUUGAGGGCGAUUCCUUUGACGACCUGGACCUUGAGUCGCAAGGUUUCGUGCUACCUCCCGUCCCUGUUCAAGAUGACAACACCUCUGGCAGCCCUGUUAAGACCAGAGCCAAGAUGAGCUCGCGCAACGCAGACUUCUUUGCCAUCUCGAGAGGCAAGUCCAUCUACAUUAUCUCGCCUUUCGUUGCUCGCCAGAACCAAUACACCGAUAAGAAAUCUCGUGUUGUCGACAACGACAAGUACCUGCAAGAGCGCUGCUUGAAGAUUUCGACAGGCAAGGCUGGUAAGGACUUUGCCUUCAGCGGCGAUGACAGCCUGCUUGCAUCGCUCGACAAGAGCGGACGCAUCAAGUUCUGGGACAUCCGUGACAUGGCACAACAAGCCCGUGAGACGGCUUCCUCUGGCAAGCGCCCUGCUUUGGAGCGUAAGGAUCCCCUGCUCACCUUGACCACAACUCUCCCUGCCGAAAAGGCUACCCCUUCGUCCAUCAUGUUCGUUGACAAGGAGAGACCAUGCGUUAAGGGCGUUGCUCUCCGCUACCUGCUUGUUGGUCUGAAACAAAACCACAUCCUCCAGCUCUGGGACCUUGGCCUCAACAAGCCUGUUCAAGAGCUCCACUUNCCCCACGACAAGGACUCUGAUGCUAUUUGCAGCAUCUCCUACCACCCCAAGACAGGAAUCAUCGCUCUCGGACACCCCACCCGCAACUCGAUCUACUUCAUCCAUCUGUCGGCUCCUCGCUACAACAUCCCUAGCAUGGAUCAAGCGAGAUACACAACUAUGCUUGCUGAGCAGGACCCCAACCUGCCUCGUCCUGAGUCUACUGCUAUCAUGAGCGGUAUUCGCGAGCUGUCUUUCGCUUCCAAGGGUCAGCUGCGCAGUGUGGACAUGCUCCACACCCCUGUCACUACCGAGGCUUCCAACGACGUUCUCUUCGAGCUGUAUGCCAUGCACUCUAAGGGUGUCACUUGCAUGAACAUCAAGCAUGAAGACCUGGGCUGGAGCCGCGACAACAAGGUUCUCCAGCCUGUCGAUGCCGAGACCUCGGGUUUCAUCUCAGUCGCCAGCAUCUCUCCUAACGCAGCCACUGCUGAGGCACCUCCUAAACCCGCCAAGGCUGCUGCCCCUCCUGUCUCUGAGAAGUCUGAGCCUGCUAAGCCUGCUCCCGCUGCUACAAAGCCUGCUACCAAGCAGGAGCCUGUGGUUAAUGGCGCUUCCAAGGCUGAGAAGUCGAAGAAGGCUGUUCCGGAACAGAACACUACUGAGGCUGCAACUAACCCUGCCAUCCUUACUCCUGCCUCAUACGCUCUGGCCGCUCGACCCAAGGCUUCUACUACCGAGGCUGCUCCUUCAACCAAGGAGCCUACUCCUGCUGUCACACCAUCAGCUGCACCUAUUGAGAAGCCCGCAAAGAACGCCGAGGUUGCAACUCUUGUUGACACCGACACCAUCAACCAGGCUGUCAGCGACGUUCUGUCCAGAGAGAUCGACUCACUGUACCGUAGACUCGAUGACGACAAGCGUGUCCAAGAUGCUGCUGCCGCUGCUAAGCAAGAUGCCGUCCUACGCCUUGUGUCUAGCACUUUGACCGACAACGUUGAGAAGACUCUCAACAAGAUCAUCGCCACCAACAUUACCAGCAGCGUUGUUCCUGCUAUCGUUGAGACCAGCUCCGCCUUGUUGAAUGAGAAACUUACCGCUGCUGUCUCUCAACAUGUCGCAAAGGUUGUGCCCGGCGAGCUCAAAGCUUCUUUGGCUCCCGCCAUCGCAGCUGCACUGCAAGAGAAGGAACUUCAGCGCGUUAUCUCCGAUCAGACCGCCUCCAAGCUCGCCCCUCAGAUCGAGCAGUCGUUCGCCACCGUUCUGCGCAACUCAAUUGUUCCUAACUUCACAAACCUCGCACAGACCUCGACAAAGAAGGCAGUUGCCGAUGUUGAGCGCCGCUUCACUGAGCAGCUCCGUGAUGCUGAGGUGCAGCGCCAGAAGGACAAUGCUAAGAUCGAGCAACUCUCGGACUUGGUUCUCGGACUGUCAAAGACAAUUCACGAGAUGGCUGCUGGACAAUCCGCUUUCCAAGAGCAGAUUCUCAAGCUUCAGCGCCAGAUUGCCGGUGACAACUCAACACGCUCUGCUGUAUCUACUGAGGCCGAUGUUGUGGCUUCCAUCGAAGAUCCCGAGUUGGACGGCAUAACAGCCCUGAUGACCCAGGGCAGAUACGAGGAGGGAACCAUUCAGUGGCUUCAGUCUGAACGCCAGGGCGAGCUCUUUGACAAGCUUUUCGUCCGCAUCAACCCUCAAUACCUGCAGAGACUUAGCCCACUGGUGUCGCUCUCUGUUUCGGCCGCGCUUACUUCGUCGUUCGAGCAGCACGUCGACGAGCGACUCUCUUGGCUCAGCACUGUCUUGUCAACCAUCAACCUCAACGACGCCGAAAUUAGAGAGGUUGCUCCUAAGAUUAUGGAUGUUCUCCAGCAGCGCAUGCAGGGAGCAUACAUGUCGAUUGCCGAGAACAACGCGCAGGACCCUGCCUUGCGCAUCGUCUCUGGCCUCUCUCGCCAAAUCAACGACAUCAAGAAAUUCGCUGAGCACGGUCUUUAA